ACGUGACUCCCGCUCCUCUCCCGCGCCGCCGCCGCAGGCCGAUGGCUGCGGGGUCUCGCGGUGCCGCACGCUCUCCACGAGGCCAGCGACCCUGGGGCCUGGGGCGGCGGCGGCUGCAGCGAGGCCUGGGCGGGCAGCGCGGAGGUCGGGAGUAGCGGCGGCGGCGGCGCGGCCCCGAGGACCUGCGGCGGUGGCAGCGACGCCGACGUCCUGCGCGCACCCCCUCUCCACGGCACUGCCGCCCCCUCCCCCCGGCGGCGGCCACCAUCUUCCUCCGCUGCCAGAGGUAGCGCUCGUCCGGCGGAGCUGGGGCUGAAAGACACACAGAAGUCUUCAUGGAUAUAGUUGAUACAUUUAAUCAUUUAAUUCCUACUGAACACUUAGAUGAUGCCCUAUUUCUAGGAUCCAACCUGGAGAAUGAAGUCUGUGAGGACUUUAGUGCAAGUCAAAAUGUCUUAGAGGACUCGCUGAAGAACAUGCUCAGCGAUAAGGAUCCUAUGCUAGGAUCUGCAAGUAACCAGUUCUGUUUGCCUGUUUUGGAUAGCAAUGAUCCCAAUUUCCAGAUGCCUUGUUCAACAGUUGUUGGUCUUGACGAUAUUAUGGAUGAAGGAGUUGUUAAAGAAAGUGGCAAUGAUACCAUUGAUGAAGAAGAAUUGAUUUUACCUAACAGAAAUUUGAGGGAAAAAGUAGAAGACAAUUCAGUGAGAUCACCAAGAAAAUCUCCUCGUUUAAUGGCACAAGAACAAGUGAGAAGUCUGCGACAGAGCACUAUUGCUAAGCGUUCCAGUGCAGCCCCUUUAAGUAGCACAAAGAAAGCAUCCGGGAAGAUUGCAUCUGCCCCUAAAGUAGGAGUGAGACAACCAGAACGGUGUCAGCUUAAAGAAGAAGUUGGCAUGACAUUGAAAUCCGAGUACCAUAAGGAGAACAGAAGGAGCAGCCGCCACACUGAGCAAAUUGAAGGGGCACCAGAAGUAUCAGUGUCUUCAAGUCAUUCUUCAGUGUCACCCUCCCAUGAAAUGAAUGAUGAAGCUGGAUUAGACUCCGAUCAUAGGUGUAGCAGUCAGAGACAAGCACAUGUGCCAUCUCACGAGUUAAAUUGUCCACUUCUUUCAGAGACUUGUGUUAGUACUGAAGAGAAGAAAAAUGAAGCUCUGAUGGAAUGUACAAUUGAGACUGUUAGUAGCCCGCUAUUUAAGUUUUCAGACAAAGAAGAAGAUGAACAGAAUGAUUCCAUUUCAACUAAAAUAGGUGAGGCUAUUGAAGAAAGGCAGGCAGAGGGAAAACUUGAACAAGAAUCAAAGGAGAUUGUAAAAUUAUCCCAUGAAGAUGACCGAAUUAUUAAGGAACCCGAAGCUUCUGAUAUUUCUGGUGAUGCUGCUUGUACACAUUCAGAUAAUGCAGGUUUGUCUAGCUCAGUGGAUGAAGUGGCUGAAUGUCAUUUGCAAUUGAAGAACACUAUGGGUGGUGUUGAUGAAACCGAGAACUCCCUUCAGAGAAGCACAGUGGAGCCAUUGGGUUGUUGUGAAGACUCGGAGUCCCACAGUGUGCAGUCACCAAGCACUGAGUUUCAUAAAUCAGACUUAGAAGUGCUAGACACUUGUGCAUUUGAACCAGCGACUAAUGUUUUAGAAAAUACUAUUUGUAAUGUGCCUGACCAAAAUUCAAAGCAGUUGAAUAUUACUGAAAGCAUUAAAAUGCAGUCUCAUGAAACAGCAGACCUCCAGGAUGACAGAAGCAGCUUAGAGCCCAAAAACGUAAAAUCCAAACAUGCAAAACCUGUAAUUCAUUCUAAGCAAAAUGUACCCACAGAAACACCAAGGAAAAUUGUUGCAGCAAAGCAUGAAGGACUUCAUAACAAAACUAAAGUUAAUAUCAAAGGUGUGAAACGAAAUGCCGAUGAAGCAGAAUCUCAGCAGAAUUGUUACAGGCCAGUCAAAGUGAGGAAAAAACAAGUUGAGAAGGAUCCAAAGGUUCAGAGCUGCAAUUCUGGAGUCAAAUCUGUGAAAAAUCAAGGCCAUUCUGUAUUGAAGAAAACAACACAGGAUCAACACUUAGCACGUGAACAUCACCCUGCACACAUUGGAAAUGUCCCACAUCCCAGCCAGAAGCAGUGCCAGAAGCCUCAGCAGUCAGCACCAGUUGUGAAAGCCACUGGUCAUAUGAAGGAAGAGCAGGAACAGCCGAGUGAGUAUGUCAAGGAGGAGGAUAAAAUGAAACAAAAGAAACCAGAGAAGAACCUACAGCCUCGCCAGAGAAGAAGCAGCAGAAGUUUUUCUUUGGAUGAGCCACCGUUGUUCAUUCCAGACAACAUAGCUACUGUAAAAAGAGAAGGUUCAGAUCACUGCUCCUCAUUUGAAAGCAAAUACAUGUGGACUCCCAGCAAGCAAUGUGGGUUUUGCAAAAAACCACAUGGCAACAGGUUUAUGGUUGGCUGUGGGAGAUGUGAUGACUGGUUUCAUGGUGAUUGUGUUGGGUUAAGUCUUUCUCAAGCACAACAAAUGGGAGAGGAGGACAAGGAAUAUGUGUGUGUGAAAUGCUGUGCUGAAGAAGACAAAAAGACUGAAAUGUUAGACACUGAUACUUCAGAGAACCACGCUACAUUUGAAGUCCAUAGUGAAGAUAAAGCUGUGGAAUGUGACAAGCUUGGGUCGUCAAAGCACAUAACAAAUGACAAAACCAAAUAUGUAGAUGACACAGUGAAGCACAAGGUCAAAAUUUCAAAACGGGAAUCUAGUGAAGGCAAAAACUCAUCAGACUGUAGAGAUAAUGAAAUUAAAAAAUGGCAGCUAGCUCCUCUUCGAAAGAUGGGACAACCAGUUUUACCUCGGAGAUCAUCAGAAGAAAAAAGUGAAAAAAUACCAAAAGAGUCCACAACUGUUAUUUGCACAGGAGAGAAAGCUUCAAAACCAGGUGUUCAUGAGAAGCAAGAGGUAAAGAAGAAGAAAGUUGAAAAAGCAGUGCCUAAUGUGCACCCUCCUGCUGCUUCUGCUGCCAAGCCUUCUGCAGACCAAAUCAGACAGAGUGUCAGACAUUCUCUCAAAGACAUUCUUAUGAAAAGGCUUACAGAAUCAAAUUUGAAGGUACCAGAGGAAAAGGCAGCAAAAGUUGCCACCAAAAUUGAAAAAGAGCUUUUCUCUUUUUUUCGGGACACAGAUGCUAAGUAUAAGAAUAAAUACAGAAGUUUGAUGUUCAAUCUGAAAGACCCUAAAAACAACAUACUAUUUAAAAAAGUACUGAAGGGAGAAGUAACCCCUGAUCAUCUUAUAAGAAUGAGUCCUGAAGAACUAGCUUCUAAAGAGCUAGCUGCUUGGAGACGAAGAGAAAACAGACACACCAUAGAGAUGAUUGAGAAAGAGCAGAGAGAAGUGGAAAGACGACCGAUCACAAAGAUAACUCAUAAAGGUGAGAUAGAAAUUGAAAGUGAUGCUCCAAUGAAAGAACAGGAAGCAGCAAUGGAGAUUCAGGAACCUACAGCCAGUAAGUCAUUGGAGAAGCCAGAAGGAUCUGAUAAACAAAAAGAAGAGCUUGACUCCAUGUCUAAAGAUACCACAAGUCAACACAGACAACAUCUUUUUGAUCUUAACUGCAAAAUCUGCAUAGGGCGAAUGGCACCACCUAUAGAUGAUCUUUCUCCAAAAAAAGUGAAGGUUGUUGUUGGGGUAGCUCGUAAGCACUCAGACAAUGAAGCAGAAAGCAUAGCAGAUGCAUUGUCUUCAACUUCAAAUAUUUUGGCUUCUGAAUUCUUUGAAGAGGACAAACAAGAAUCUCCAAAGUCAGCAUUCUCUCCUGCACCACGACCAGAGAUGCCUGGGACUGUUGAAGUUGAGUCUACCUUCUUGGCACGAUUAAACUUCAUCUGGAAAGGUUUUAUCAACAUGCCAUCUGUGGCAAAAUUUGUCACCAAAGCCUACCCAGUAUCGGGCUCUCCUGAGUACUUGACAGAGGAUCUACCAGACAGUAUUCAAGUAGGUGGCAGGAUAUCGCCUCAGACAGUUUGGGAUUAUGUGGAAAAAAUAAAAGCCUCAGGAACCAAGGAAAUUUGUGUGGUUCGCUUCACACCAGUGACUGAAGAAGAUCAAAUUUCUUACACUUUGCUGUUUGCAUACUUCAGCAGCAGAAAGCGCUAUGGAGUAGCUGCUAACAACAUGAAGCAGGUUAAAGAUAUGUACCUUAUUCCUUUGGGUGCUGCAGAUAAAAUUCCACACCCUCUUGUGCCUUUUGAUGGACCUGGGCUUGAACUGCACAGACCUAAUCUUUUAUUGGGCUUAAUCAUUCGUCAGAAGUUGAAGCGGCAGCAUGGUGCUAGUGCUGUCACAAGUCAUGCAGCUGAGGCUUCUGAAAGUGUACCGAUAGCCUUGCCACCUGACAAAAAAAGCAAAGUAGAAUCCUCUACAGAUGAAGCACCAGAGGAAGAAAAUGAUUUUUUUAAUUCCUUUACAACUGUAUUACACAAGCAGAGAAAUAAGUCCCAGCAGCCUCUUCAGGAAGACCUUCCAACAGCAAUUGAACCUUUAAUGGAAGUCACUAAACAAGAGCCACCAAAACCUUUAAGAUUCCUUCCUGGGGUUUUAAUUGGCUGGGAAAAUCAGCCAUCUACUCUGGAAUUAGCAAAUAAACCUCUUCCUGUGGAUGAUAUACUUCAAAGCCUUUUGGGCACCACUGGUCAAGUGUAUGAGCAGGCUCAGCCAAUGAUAGAACAAAACAUUCUUAAAGAGAUUCCAUUUAUAAGUGAGCAAACCAACCCCAAAGCAGAGACGAUAGAUAAGGUGGAAGUAACUGAUGGUGAAGCCCAGGAGGUGAAAGUUAAAGCAGAUAAUCUUUCAGAAUCUACGGGUAACUCAGCAGUAGAAGAAACUCCAUUAGUGGGAUCAUCUUCUACCUCUCCAGGUCCUUUGACAAGUCUUAGUCUCAGAGGUAAGCCACCAGAUGUUUCAACAGAAGCAUUCUUAACAAAUUUAUCAAUUCAGUCAAAACAAGAGGAAACUGGAGAGAAUAAAGAGAAAACAUUAAAAAGACAGCUGCUGCAAGAUCAAGAGAGUAAUGUGCAAGAUAAUCGGACAUCAGGCAAUUCUCCAUGCAGGCCUAAUGUAGGAAGAGGAAACAUAGACAGCAACAUGAAUUGUAAUGAAAAUCUUGUGAAUACAACAAGAUCCCCACAGUUUAUCAACCUGAAAAGGGAUCCAAGGCAAGCAGCAGGACGAAGUCAGCAGAUAACUGCUUCAGAAAGCAAAGAUGGAGAUAGUUGUCGGAAUGGAGAGAAACAGAGCCUGCCUGGUCUAUCACAUAACUUACCAGAGCACUUACCAGAGCAAAUCAAUGCAGAGGAAAACUUGUCUUCUGUAGAGAAAAAUUCAUGUAUUCAGCAGAAUGAUAAUUCAAAGGUUGCACAGAACUCAUCAUCAGUAGAAAACUUAAAUUCUUCUUGUCAAACAGAACAAGCAAAACCUUUACAGGAAGAUAUUUUAACGCAAAAUAUUGAAACUGUGCACCCAUUUAGAAGAGGAGUGGCUGCAACAACAUCCCAUUUUGAGGUUGGAAAUACAUGCCAAUCAGAAUUUCCUUCUAAAAGCAUCAAUUUUACCUCUAGAAGCACCAGCCCCAGAGCAAGUGCAAACUUUCCACCUCUGCGGCCACAGCAGCCCAGCCUUCAGCACCUCAAGUCAAACCCUCCUGGGUUUCCAUUUCCAGGGCCUCCUAAUUUUCCUCCACAAAGCAUGUUUGGAUUUCCACCACAUUUGCCACCUCCAUUACUUCCCCCUCCAGGGUUUGGCUUUGCCCAGAAUCCUAUGGUUCCCUGGCCACCUGUUGUUCAUCUCCCAGGCCAACCACAGCGUAUGAUGGGUCCACUUUCACAAGCAUCAAGGUUUAUAGGCCCACAAAAUUUUUACCAAGUUAAAGACAUUCGGAGACCAGAAAGGCGCCAUAGUGACCCUUGGGGUAGGCAAGACCAACAACAACUGGACAGGCCUUUUAAUAGGGGUAAGGGGGACCGCCAGAGAUUUUACAGUGAUUCACAGCAUGUGAGGAGAGAGCGACACGAAAAGGAAUGGGAGCAAGAAUCAGAAAGGCACAGACGCAGAGACAGAAGCCAAGACAAAGACAGAGACAGGAAAGGCAGGGAGGAAGGGCACAAAGAUAAAGAAAGGGCACGGUUAUCACACAGUGACAGAGGUGCAGACGGCAAGGCCAGUAGAGACAGUAGGAGUGCAGACAAGAAGACAGACAAAGCCAAAAGUGAAGAGCAUGAGAAAGACAAAGAACGUGAGAAGAGUAAACACCGAGAAGGAGAGAAGGACAGGGACAGGUACCACAAAGACAGGGACCACACUGACAGAGCCAAGAGCAAAAGGUGAAAUGUGCAGGCUGCCUCCAGAGUCCAUUGAAGUAACCACUGAAUGCUGUAUCUUUGUCAGAUUGCCUGCUAGGAUCGUGCCGUCUUUUAAAUUUUACGGUUGGUGGUUUGCAGAACAAUGAAUUCUGUGUUGGUGCAGAGUGUUCUGUGCCUGUGUUCACCAUCCCUUCAUACCAACUUCCCUAGUUAUAGGAAUUUCAUAUUUUUUAAAGUUUUACAUUGCUGUAUAUUCUAAGAUUUGUUUUAUUAAUAUGCAAUAAAGGCUUAGAAAUUUUAGUUUUAUUCCUUAAUUGGCAAAUAUGGUUAACUAUGGAAUAUAUUUACUGCCUCUGGUGAAUGUCCUUUAUAUAAUGACUGAUUUGAGAGUAAUGUGUGCUCUGUAUAUUUGUUUUAAACUGCUCUGUUUUUAAAGAGACAAUAGGGGAACAACUUCAUAAUCACAUCACACUAAUCGUUUAGUUGAGCAAUUUUUGACUGGGACUCAGAAGCCCAAGGAGUACAUUUAUUGCUUCAAUCUGCACUCACUGAAGGCAUUUAUUAUGUAUUCUACAGCUUCGUGAUAGGCCAUUAAUUUUCCUUUUCCUUUUUUGCUCUUCAGAAACUUGAAUACUUAAGCUUGUACAUGAUCUUGUGUUUUGCUAUCCUUUUUACUGUAAAAUGUAAAUAUUUUAAGGGAUAUUUUGAUUCUGAAUAUGAUAAAAGAAUUUCUCAUCUA